AUGGGGUUCAAAAGGUUGGAGACGGUACUCACCGAGAUACCGCCAAGAUUAGAUCAUGCCUAUGAGCGAGAUCUCCAGACGAUUCUGGAAAAGGAAAAAUACCAUCAAGAUCAAGUGAUUGUAAUCUUUCGUCUGGUACUCUUCUCCCUGCGGCCUCUGUCUGUCAAGGAAUUGCUUCGUGCCCUUGAAAUCAACGACUACCAAGAGGAUAUCGAUGGGACAACAAGCGGCUUCAAGGAGGAGGCCAUUCCUGCCAUAGAUAUUGACGUAGAAGAUAAGUUAGCUGCACUUCUGGAGAGAUGCGGCUCACUUCUCGGGGUUUGA